AACUCCAGCUACCCUUUGCAGCUUUGCUUCGCUAUAACUUUACUCAAAUACUAAAAGCGUAAACUAUUUAUCGGAAACUGUAGCUUAUUUGAACGUCGGGAAAAUCAACAGCAGGCUCACAGAUCCGCCUCGGAGUGUCUUAUAAAGUGAAUAGCAGCUGCUUUUGGACAUCGUUGAAAUCAAUAUAAGUGCUAUCAAUCAGAGGACUAUAGUAUCGAUGUUGAGGUGAAGACGGGUUGGAGAUACUGUCUCACAUCCCACUAUAGCCUAACUAUGGGUCGAUAGUAUGGACUUACCCGACUCUGGAGAGGGACAGUGCAUCACGGCUGAUCGGAAUUUACUUCUCCGCUAUUCGUGUGGAAUAAAAGUUCAUUAACAAACGGGAGGAUUAUUUACGAGUUUUCACUUAAAAGUUAGUUUUUGUUGUUUCGUGUGGAGGGAUGGCGGGACCAGUUAUGUUUCUUUUCCUGUGGGUGUUGAGUUGGUUCGGGGAAAUUCGGGGUGCUUCGUACCCGCAGCGGUAUAAUCUCUACUCCGGACAGACCCAGGCGCUGCCACAGAACGGCGUCCGGGCGGCAAGCAGACACAGAAACUGGUGUGCGUAUGUAGUGAAGAAGACAGUGAGCUGUGUGGUGGAGGAUGGAGUGGAGACCUACGUGAAGCCUGACUACCACCCCUGCUCCUGGGGCACGCAGUGUUCCCGUAUGGUGACGUAUCGAACGUAUAUGAAGCCGCGGUACAAGGUGGCCUACAAGAUGGUGACGGACAUGGAGUGGAAGUGUUGCCAUGGUUACACCGGAGAUGACUGUAGCGAAGGGCCGAGCGGCGGGUCGGGGACCCAGAUCGCUACAGCCAGACCCAAACCGUCCCGACCGGGACAGACCGGAACCGACACAGGUCACAGAGGACCGAGUGGGGGAGACGGGCGAGGCGAUAGCGACAAGACGCGGCAGCUGGAGGACAAGAUCCAGAGCCUAACCAAGGACCUCCAGGACCUGCAGUCCACGCUGAGGGGCAUGAACGAACGCUUCCAGGAGGAGAUGCGCAAACCGGGCUUCAGUGGUGGUGGCACCAAGGCCCCAGCGGAUGCGGCCCAGCCGGAGAUUAAGGACACCAUCCACAGCAUCCAGACCAAACUAGACCAGCUGGACAACCGGACACAGGCUCACGACAAGACCUUGGUCAGCAUCAACAACCACCUGGUCAACGGGAAUGGCGGCGGUGGGAAUGAUCUUGGCGACUCCUCUGGAGGCACCGGUGGGAUUAGUGGCGGGAAGCUCAACACUCUGAAAGAGGAGAUCCUGAGGGAGCUGGAGAGAAGGGUGUCUCUGUCCUGCUCCUCCUGUCAGUCGGGGGUGGAGGACCUACGGAGACAGCAGCAGGAGGACAGGGAGCGUAUCCGUGCGCUGGAGAAGCAGCUGAACGCUGUGGAUGGACGAUAUCGCCAGAGCCUAGACGGCCUGCGCCGCGAGGUGACACGCUCCCAGGGCUGCUGCGAUUCUGUCACCGACCUCAAGGACAGGGUCACAGAUGCUGAAAGGAAGAUAAGCUCCAUAUCAGAGAACUAUGAUGUCAUCCAGAACCGCAUGGAUAAGGAGCUGGGCAGUGGCAGUGGUAGUAAUGGAGGUGGAGGUUUCCCAGGAGGUGGAGGUGGCUUUGUCCCUGGAGGUGGUGGUUUUGGCCCUGGAGGUGGUGGCUUUGGCCCUGGAGGUGGCAGCGGGUUACCCAGGGUGAUAGAGGACAGGCUGGACGGUCGUCUGAGGGACCUUGAGAGGUGGGUGAACAGCACAAUGCAGCACACAGAGGAGACAGAGAAAGACCUGAAGGACUACUUCAACCGUGAGCUGGGUGACCUCCGGACCGUGUUCCUGGACCGUUUCGACGACCAGGGAUACCGCAUCGGCGACAUAGAGCUAGACGUGGGCAUUGUAAAGGACCUCGUGUCGGACCACGACAAGAAUGUGACCCGCCUGGCGAACUCCACGGCACUACUAGACAAGAGUCUGACUGACUGUGGCUGUGGAGGAACAGGAGGGGGAGGAGGAGGGGUUGGAGGAGGUGGAAGAGAAGAUGGAGGAGGAAGUAGAGGAACCGGAGGAACAGGGGGAAUGGGAGGGAGAGGAUCUGAAGGUGGGACAGGGGAAGGAGGAAGGGGAGAUACAGGAGGAACAGGAACUGAAGGAAGGAGAGAUGGAGGAAUAGGGGGAACCGGAGGAGGAUGGGGAGGAGCUGGAGGGGACGGAGGAAACGAUUACGACGGAGACUCUGUGAAGUCUAUCACCUGGAGGGUGGUGGCCAAUGAGGACGAGAUCCGACGCUUUGACACGCGGAUCAAGGACCUGUCCGUCUCGGGCGACUCACUCAUGGACAAGGUGCUGGAUCUCAGCCACGACAUCCGCAAGAUAAAAGCCCUGACUGGAGACAAUGGCGAGCACUUCAACCGCAUCGUCACAGAAGUUGAGACGCUCGGGCGCGGCAUGGAUGACUGCGACGUCUGUGGAAGAGUGGAAGACGAGUUCAAGAAGCUGAAGAACCACACCCUGAACCGCUGGGAGAAGGACAUCAACGCCAUCCGGAACCGGGUGGAUUCCAACCAAAGCUUUUGCUCCACUCUACAGGAAGAGGUGGGGAAACUCCGGGAGGUGGUAGGGAAGUGUAGCGACCAGUGUAAGAUCCACCUGGAGACCCCAACAACAGGAGGUGGCACUGGAGGACGAGGCCUGGAUGAACCUGAUAAGCCCCUGGACGGCCACAGUGUGAUCGGAGGUACGUCCAACAACGGCCACCUCAAGUCCCUACAGGGCGAGCUGUCCGAGGUCAUCCUGACCUUUAGCUCCAUCAACGACACGCUGAGGGGCCUGGAGCACACAGUGCAGAAACAUGGCAGUGUCAUCACGGACCUGGGCAACACCAAGGACAAGAUCAUCUCUGAGCUGGACAAGAUACAGCAGGAGGUGACUGAGCACAUCGAGAAGAGCCGCGACCGCCUCGACGGGGUGGAUCGCGACGUGCGACGCUUCGAGAGCACCCUAGUGGUGGAGGUGGGCGACUGCAAGCGUUCUGGCGACGGCCUUGAGAAGAGGCUGUUCAAGAUGGAGGGCGUGUGCGGGCGGCUGGACGGCGUCUCCGAUUCGCUCCAGAGGAUCAAGGAGGGGCUGACCAAGCACAUGUCGGGCCUGUGGAACUGUGUGAAUGGUCUGAACGCCACGGUCAUUUCCCAUGGAGGGAUCAUUGAGAGCAUCCAGACCACUCAGCUGGACGGGAUCCACGGGAAGAUCAAGAACCUCAACUCAUCCGUCAGUCACAUCCUCACGGAGUUCCAGAAUCUUUCGGAACAGGACCUGACCGGUGUGCAGUUGGUUAGAGGUUUGAAUGGCCUGCCUGGUCCUCCAGGUCCCUCUGGGGAGAGAGGGUUCCAAGGGCUGCCUGGCGCUAAGGGGCCCCAAGGCAGGGACGGACCCCCGGGCAGGCAGGGAGAGAACGGGCCCAGAGGAUCACCAGGCCUCAAAGGUGAACAAGGUAUGCCAGGUGCCGAUGCCAACGUGCCCAAGCUGUCCUUCUCUGCCGCUCUCACCUACCCCAUGCUUAGUGCUGGCACCAUCGUCUUCGACAAGAUCUUUGUCAACGAGGGAGAGUUCUAUGACCCGCGGACUGGCAUCUUCACAGCGCCCGUUGAUGGCCGCUACUUCUUCAGCGCAAUCCUGACUGGCCACAAGAACGAGAAGAUUGAGGCGGUGCUGUCCAAGUCCAACUACGGUAUGGCCCGUGUGGACUCUGGGGGAUACCAGCCAGAGGGACUGGAGAACAAGCCGGUAGCCGAGGCCAAGAUCACCCCGGGCUCCCUGGCUGUGUUCAACAUCAUCCUGCCCCUCCAGGCCGGAGACACAGUCUGCAUUGACCUGGUCAUGGGCAAGCUGGCCCACUCUGUAGAGCCUCUCACCAUCUUCAGUGGAAUGCUGCUGUAUGAACAUAUGUAAGCCAAAACCCCCUAGGGUUGUCCAUCUGGAACAUAAGAGAGGGAGAGGAAGGAAGAAACGGAAGAAGGACGAGGGAAGAAGAAAGUUAGAGAAGAGAGGGUCUGGGGUUGGUCCCCAUUCUGGACUGUUUAGACUCACAGUUUGAAUUGACAACCGCUUUUCAAAGCAAAACGACAGGGUCCAGAGAUGGAAUUACUUUAUACCAACUCGCGAAACACGGGAACGAACGACAACUAGGAGACGACUACAACGACAGAAAAGUGUUGUGUUUCUCCCUCUGUGUGUCAUUCCUGGCCCUCUGAUGUUGUGAAACCUGAUGAACUGCUUGAACAAACACAGGAUGUACUAUAAACUAAGUAGCAGACUGAGAGACUUCGCCCUUCAUUUUUUUUUACCUAGCUCGUCCAGUAUUUGGAGAAGUGUUUUUCACACCAAAUGUGUUGCUACUACUGCAGGAUUUUUCUAUGGUUAUUCUUAUUAAUAUGUCCCUGUUUCUAUAUUACUCACUCCAGGCAUGGGGCUCAGCGUACAGUAGUCCUCAGUGCACCACUGCCGUCCAUAAGGUCUGCUUGACAUCCCACCUUUGCUGCAAAGUGUUUCCCUGCCAAAGAACCAGACCCACUGUCAAGGUCUGAGGUUAACCGGAAGUUAGGAAUAGGGGAGAGAACCUGGAAUGAGAAAUUCCUUGCUUGAUUUUCUAUAGCUGAUUUCUAUGGUGAUGAAUUCAUGUUUUGUGAUUUUAAUGUUAUCGUGCACCUUUUGCCUCCUUGUCUCUCCGUUCUGUAAUGCCUUUGGCCUGGUGAUCCAAAGCUUGGCCUUGUUGACGAUAUUGCUACAGCUUAAGUGUGUUAUACUGGUGGUUCCCAAAGACUUUUAUGUGCCCUACGUGACCUUGCCAAAUGUGCCAUCCGUGACCUAGCUAAAUGUGCCAUCCAUGACCUAGCUAAAUGUGUUGUCCGUGACCUAGCUAAAUGUGCCGUCCGAGACCUAGCUAAAUGUGUUGUCCGUGACCUAGCUAAAUGUGUUGUCCGUGACCUAGCUAAAUGUGCCGUCCGUGACCUAGCUAAAUGCGCCGUCCGUGACCUAGCUAAAUGCGCCGUCCGUGACCUAGCUAAAUGUGUUGUCCGAGACCUAGCUAAAUGUGUUGUCCGAGACCUAGCUAGAUGUGUUGUCCGAGACCUAGCUAGAUGUGUUGUCCGUGACCUAGCUAAAUGUGUUGUCCGAGACCUAGCUAGAUGUGUUGUCCGUGACCUAGCUAAAUGUGCCAUCCGUGACCUAGCUAAAUGUGCCGUCCGUGACCUAGCUAAAUGUGUUGUCCGUGACCUAGCUAAAUGUGUUGUCCGAGACCUAGCUAGAUGUGUUGUCCGUGACCUAGCUAAAUGUGCCGUCCGUGACCUAGCUAAAUGUGCCGUCCGUGACCUAGCUAAAUGUGUUGUCCGUGACCUAGCUAAAUGUGCCGUCCGUGACCUAGCUAAAUGUGCCGUCCGUGACCUAGCUAAAUGUGUUGUCCGUGACCUAGCUAAAUGUGCCGUCCGUGACCUAGCUAAAUGUAAAUACAUUUUUACAGUCAAAUGACAUGUCUUUACUAUAAAACCCAUAGGAGGGGGGGAUGGUGGGGGAAGCUCAGACUGACCUCUGCCUGGGUCCUCCAAAUCACUAAACCCGCCCUUGUACAGAGGAAUAUUUUACAGGCCCUCUAAUGGCCCAGUGAAUCAGAGGAAUAGUUACAGGCCCUCUGAUGGCCUAUGUGAUACAGAGGAAUAGUUACAGAGGAAUAGUUACAGGCCCUCUGAUGGCCUAUGUGAUACUCCGCACCUAGUGUUUUCCCAACCCAGUCCUAGGUUCCCCCUUAACCGUUUCACAUAUUUGAUCUAUUCCAACACUAGCUCACCAUAACAGGAUCAGUAUGGUGCUUUACAGUGCUGCAUUAGACUGUGUGUUUUUUACUAGGAAAAUGGAUUCAGUUUACAGAACAGCAAAUGGAUACCAACAUAUUUGGCAGAGAGGUACACCAUUGCAAUCACAUACAUGGAGUUGUAUUCAAAUUCUAUCACUAAUUCUAUCACUAUUUGAAAGAUGCUGCAUUUAGUUGAGAAGCUGCUGUCUUGCUACUCUUGUGCCUUUUGAGUAUUUCUCCACCUGGUCCUAUCUGACCUCUGUGUUUGUUAUUGCUAAAGGAAUUCCAAAGGUUUACUCAAUCUAUGACGUCACCAACAACUGGUCAUUCCACAUGCCAACCAAAGCAAUGCUAUGUAUUAAAGGUGCAGUUCCUCUUUGUUUUCUGCAGCUCCUCCUCCCUACAGUCUAACCUUUUGCCUUGAAAGUGUGAUUUGGUCGACACGUGUAGCUCAAAUAAAGGUAUUUAAUUUUA